GGUGUCAGUUAUAUCAAUUCGAUCAUCCAUGGCAGAUAGCAUUGUACAGCAGUUAUUUCUCGAAUUUAGAAAGGUUGCCGAAUCGACUGCAAGAGUUUCCAAAGAGUUGCUUGCAAAAGUGGAAGCACAUGAGCGAGAGCAGCAGGCAAAACUUGCGAAGUUUGUAGAUGGAAGCCUGCAAUGUGCUGACUUGAAUAUCGAUCGUUUGAAGUUAGAAAAGGAGCAGAACAAUUACGAAGAAUCAGAGAAAGAGAUGGUUUCAGCUGAAAAUAGAGCUCUAGAAGCUGAGAAACACGAACAAGUGAAGGUCGACGAGCUGGAAAGCACUUUAUCCUCAAAAAACUCAGAUGCGGAUGUGGAGAAGGAGCAGUCUAUGAGAGAAAUGUAUCAAGAUAUGAUUGACAAAUUGGCGGAGAUGCAUACAUUGUCGCGACAAUCGCAGAGAUCAUCAUUGGCCAACGAACGCUUUACACUGGAUGAGCAAGUUUCAUCGCUGAGCCAAGAGGUCGAUCAGCUACGACAUGAAGUGGAUGCUUUGAACACGGCACUAAACGCAACCGGCUACGAGGGAUUACUUCACGAAACUCAACGCUCUGCAAUGCUGAUGAUGAAGAACAGCUUCACUGAAAUGAAGAAUGAACUUCUUCAACUGAGACUCGCAACACAUACUCUACGCAUCAAAGUUCGCUCUGCAUAAAGCAUCUCAUAGUGUGC